GAUGAAGUAUUCCAUAUUCAUCAUCUUCACAAACAUCUUCCAAAGUAAUGAUGAGUAGUGUUGAAAUAUUGAAGGUGGAAGGAGGAGAGAGUUGGUUUACAGAAGAAGAAGAAGGUCUGGUGAGCAAGUCAUGGAACUUGAUGAAGAAGGAUGCUGGGGAAUGGGGCCUCAAAUUUUUCCUCAAGAUAUUCGAGAUAGCGCCGUCGGCCCAGAAGAUGUUUUCAUUUCUGCGAGAAUCAAACGUGGCACUGGAGCAGAAUGCAAAGCUUAAGGCACAUGCCAAGUCUGUUUUUGUGAUGACAUGUGAAGCUGCAGUUGAGCUCCGGAGAUCAGGAGAAGUGGUGAUUAGAGAAUCGAGUUUGAAGAAAUUAGGGGGGGUGCACUUGAAAUACGGGGUGGUGGAUGAGCACUUCGAGGUCACCAAAUAUGCGCUCUUGGAGACCAUAAAAGAGGCAGUCGGGGAAAUGUGGACGCCGGAGAUGAAGAGGGCGUGGAGUGUUGCUUAUCAUCAUUUGGUUGCUGCUAUCAAGACUCAUAUGAAAUGAAACAUAAUCAUUUCAUUUUUCAUUGGCUUUGAGUGUGUUGUAAUCUUAUGUUUUCGUUUUCUGUCUCAUUCCCUACUCUCCUCUGUAUUCAUUUCAGUAAAAGUAUUUUCCAAUAAAUAAAAAUCUGUUUUU